UGUCUUUGUGGGGCCCUUGCUUAGGCGCGUGGUGCUCUCAGUCCCGGGGCUCUGGGGUGACUCGUGUCCCCGAAACUCCGGAUGUCGAGCUCCUAACCCCCAGGACCUCAGACCUUGUUUAGAACUAGGGUUGCUGCGGAUGGGAAUUCGUUACGGUGAGGUCGUUAGGGCGGACCCCAAACGUGGCUGGUGUCCUUCUACGAAGAGGACAUUGGGAUGCAGACGUGCACACAGGGAGGGGGCCCCAGUGGAGACAGAGUGUGGGGGCUCCUGCCGGCCAGAGAGGCCCGCAACCUGCCGAAGCUGGAAAGGCCUGGGACCCGCCCUUCAGGAGCCAGCCCCAAAGACAACGUCACUUUGGACUUCCGGCCUCUGGACCUGGAGGACAGCCCGCUGUGCUGGGGAAACCCCACGUCUGUGGGGCCUGUUCCGGCAGCCCCACACAUGGGGCGCACUGGUGCGCACGCUCCGUCUCCUCCGGUCCCGCAGCCCACGAGGUCGCCGCGCUGUCGUCCGGGUGCAGUGGAGGACUCGGGCACAGGCGGCCCCAGCCCACGGCUUCUCCGCUCACCCCAGUCACUGCUGGCUCCCGGCACCCACACUUCAGCCCCUGGGGACCUGGAGAAGUUGCACUCAUGGAGCAGGAGACUGACAUUAGCCUCAGACAGUCACCCAUCAGUGAGUCAGGAGCCCCCCGAGCAGACCCUGUGUCUCCUGCUGGUUUCAAGUGAAGGUGCUUGGACACAUUUGUCCCGCAGCCCCCCAGCCCUGCAGCCCCGCAGCCCCGCAGCCCGCAGCCUGCAGCCCCGCAGCCCUGCAGCAGCCCAGCGCGGUCUGCAGCUGACGAGGCACCAGGAGUCAUUUCUGCAGGAGAAGCGGCUUCGGCUCCCUCUUUCUUCCCACUGCUGUGCGGCCAGUUCCCUGAAACCCCAUUCGUCAAAGCUGCAGGCUGAGGAGGGACCACGGCAAACAGAGGCCACGGCCAGCCCUGAAAUGACCUUGGCCGCGGGAAAUGCCCUUUGUGAUGUCACAGUUAAUUACUGCUGGGAGAAAGGCCAGUGCCCAGUGAGUGAGCUGUGCAGGCGAACCUGCUCCCUGGCGCUGGGCACAGGCGGGGUGGCAAGCACUGCAUGGGGGGGCUUCAAUCCUGACACCUUUGUGGGGCUGCUCAGGGGCUUAAAGUUCCUGCUCCAGGUGGCCGUGGCCUGGGGCUGGGGAUGGAUCGAAGUCCUUGCACCACCCCGCAUCCCCACGGCCUGGGAGGUGACCGGAGAUGAGCUGCUAAACGAGGAAAAACCCUGGUUACUGGCAGCAGAGACAACCUCAGCUUUCGCCUCUUGGCCAGAAUCAAUGCCGGGUCUGCAGGCAGCCCAUCCCAGGCUCGGCGGUGCUCCGGAACCGGCUGGAGGGCCCAGCUGGGGGCUCGGGGUGGGGGGCUUGUCUGCGGGGUGUUGGCAAGGGGCCACGUGGAGCCCGGGAAGCCCUGGUGGGGGGCUCCUGGCCCUCGUAGAAGCGGGGGGCCGCCCCGGUCUGCAUCCCUCCCCGUGCUCUUCCCCGUGCCACGGUUUCCGGGCCUAAAACCAGCACCAGGCCACAUGCUUGUGACAUGCGGCUCAUCGCUGGGUGCAAGUGCGGCCCACGGCAGGGGCCCGAUGGCUGCUGGCUGUGCCCUGGCGAGAGCCUUCCUUCCCGCCUGCCUGCGUUCGGCCCCCCUCUGCCCCGAGUCCACCUUCCCCAGAGCCGUGCUGGGCCGCUGGCCUGUCCCCUUGGCUCUGCUCAGUGGACUUGGCCUCAACCUCUUGCUCCUUCUGUUCCGGAGACACCGUAAGCGGCCGAAGGGCGCUGAGGGGGCCCAGGCUGGCCCCUGUGGCUGGGCUGAGCCCCUCAGCGACCCUGCAGGGUGGGGACAGGGCUUCGAGUGGCCGCCUCUGGGAAGGGGCCACCCCGACAGAGGUAGACAUGGACGGGGCACCAGCUGAGGUUUGGAGAGAACAGGUGGGGGUUCUGGACUGUCCCAGGAGGUGGAGGGGGCUCUGGAAAUUAUCCCAGGGGUCCCGUGGGCCUCGCCCACUUCUGCCCAGACAGGGGCUGGAAGGUCGGGAUGAACACUUUCUCGACCGGAACGUGUGGGAACGUCUCUCUGGCCUGUGUGGGAGAGGCUGGGCAGCCUGCUGUGAGCGCUGGGGGGCGAGGCCCCCACCACAGGAGAGAGGACCCCCCCAGGACACCAGCAUGCUCCCCGAUACACGGGACGGACGCUGCAGAGACAGAAUGAGGCGAACGCCUUCUGCCCGGCCAGAGUGGGGCCUUGCGACCGUGGGCCACCGCCAUCUUCUGGGUCCCUCCAGUCGGGGUCUCAUCCCCAGCGGCUGUGGGGACGGACGCUUUCCGCCACCAGCCUCGGCUCCCUGAUCCCUCACUCUCCUGGGAGCAGCGGGGGCCUGGUGGCCGCCGCGGUCACGGCCGCGUGCCAGGCUCCAAGACCAGCAACGGCCCUCUCUGUUAUUAGCGGAUGCCAUUCGGCGUUCAAGUUUGGGGCAAGGAUGGUUUUGAAGCCGCUGUUCACUUUGUGACCGAGCCCGGUCUCGGGAGACGGGUAUAUUUUCAAGGGGAAUUUCUGACACAUUUAUUGGUGGAGCUAAUUAAAAAGCCCGACCUGGUCUUGGCGGGAGCAUCAUUGCCGUAUUUAAUCACACCUCCAGAAAUCACAGCCUGUGAUGGAAAUC